ACUCCUUUUGCUCUCUGUCCAGAGCCAGAGGCAUCUGAAAUCUCCGGGAACCGGGUCGUUUUUGCCAUAUAAAAUGGAUCAGUAACGCGUUUAAUAUGUAUCUAAUGUGGAGCUAAAAGUCCAUUUUCCUCGGGAGAAAAACACUGUUGGAAGACUUGGAUAAUAACUGAGAAUUUGGGUAAACUGUGCUGAUCAGUUGCAAACUGUGUUUUUUUUUUUUUUUUUCCCCUACAGUUUUUCAGUCCAAACCCGACUUGCCUGCAGGGAAAUAACACGGAGAGAAUUUCUCCUCGGGUUGAAAGGAUCUGAUAUAAUUUCCCCCAGAAAGAUCGGAGCUGUUCUGAGGGCAGAGGGGAGCUAAAUGCGGCUGUCUGGCGACCCAGCCCCGGGAAACAUGAACAGCAGCGGGUCUGGCAACUUUCUGCUGGUCCCCAUACCGGAGUAUCCCCUGCUGGACUGUUUACCCAACAAGACGGUGAAGAUUGUGGUGCUGGGCGCCAGCAACGUCGGGAAAACCGCUUUAAUUGUCAGGUUUCUGACUAAGAGGUUCAUUGGAGAUUAUGAAGCAAACACAGGAGCGCUCUACUCCAGAAAGGUCACCAUGGAUGGGGAGGAAGUGUCGCUCCAAAUUCAGGACACACCCUGUGUUUCUCUUCAGGACGAUGCUGAAGGCCUGUACUGCCAGGAGCAGAUCAACAGGUCCAUCUACUGGGCGGACGGGUAUGUGCUGGUUUUCUCCAUUACAGACAUCAGUAGCUACCGAACCAUUCAGCCUCUGUACCAGCACAUCAGGCGUAUACACCCAUCUGGAAACAUACCAGUUAUCUUGGUUGGCAACAAGAGUGACCUGCUCCGAGCCCGACAAGUGCCUGCAGAAGAAGGCGACACGUUAGCUACUUCACUAGGAGGUGUUUACUUCGAGGCCUCGGCCAGAGAGAACCACGAGGGAGUCCAUGGCGCCUUCCUCCAUCUCUGUCAAGAGGUGAUCCGAGCAUUAGGAGGAGGGAAUGGGGAAAAAAGGAGGGGAGGCCUUCACCUGGCCAGACCCAAGUCUCCCAACAUGCAGGAGUUGAAGAGGAGGUUCAGACAGGUCCUCUCCUCCAAAGUAAAGUCCGCUACAACUAUCUGAUCUGAAAUGGAUGGGGACAUAGCAUAACGCACAAGCAGCCUCCACGUAGGAGGCAAUAUCAAAGUCUUCUUUGGAAAUUAAAAUGUUGAAGAAAAAUCACAAGAGGAGAUAAUGAAGAGCCGUGACCUCCAGGUUUGCCGCCUGAAGCGGAACAUGAAAACUGCCGAGGCGCUCUGAGGGGAUCAAAGCCUUUCAAAGAGCACAGGGAGUCUCUCAUCAGAGGGACAGAUACUGAGCUUAGCUUCUUGGCAGUCCGGCUCCUCUGGAGGAGACUCCUGGUCAGCAGAACCUCUUCACUGGGAUUAACAAAGACACAUCUCAAGGAGGGUUGGUUAGACCAUUCUUUUCUUGUUUUCAAGAGAGUGAAAAUGACAAGUUUUUAACCCAAGCAAUAAAAACUUUAAGAAUUUAA